GCCGAAGGAUUGUUGCUAAUUCUUAUCGACAAUUGCAACAAUUACUAUUACGAAAGCUUUUAAAAUUUGUUUUAUAUGAGGCCUAAGUGAAUAAUCUGAUAUGGACAAAGCAACUCAAACAGAAAAAUUCGAGAAAUAUUCAAGAAAAUCACCUGAAAAUCAAAACGACCCUGAUAGUGAAACUCCAAAUAAGGAUCGUCGUAAGAAAUUUAAUGUUCUUAAUGCCAUUAUCUCUAAACCCAAACUGCAACAGGAUGAUGAGAAUUCGAAUGAUGACCAUUCUUCAAAAUCGGAAGAUGAUGCCGGAUAUUCGUUGAUGGAAUCUUUCGAUCCUUUAAGGACAAAAACUGAAAUAGAUGACGAUCUGUUAGAUUCUUUAUAUUUGCAUUCGUUCGAGUUGAAAUUGAAUCCUAGAAAAACGAUUGAUUAUAAACAUUUACGUCCCGAGAAAUUCGUUCGGGAUCUCCCGAAAUAUUUAGAAGGAAAUUUUUUGGCUCCUAAAAAUAACAUUUUUGGAUGGUUUUGUGGUUGCAAACAGAAAAUGGAAGGAGAAAUUUGGGAAAAUGUUCGUCCUAAUAUCUUUGUACGUUGUUGGAGAAGAAUCUUUGGGACUCCUUAUCCCACUCCAGACGAAUUAUUGGAUAGCAUUUACAAGCAUCAGAAGAGAUGGGAUGUGUUGUUGGAGCUAAUUAAAUCUGAAUAAUUAAACCGUGAUUUUUAACCCUUUUAAAUGAAAUUUUAUUUUAAAAAUUAAAAAUCAAACUUAUAUUUUCUUAGUAAAAUUUAAAAAGUAAAAACAACCAAUAAUCUUC